GGAGAGGGAGGGAGGGUGUGUACGCGCGUUUGUGUGUGUGUGAAAGAGAGAGAAAAAGCGUGAGUGUGUGUGUGUGUAUGUGUGUGUGUGUAAGGGAGAGAAAGUCAGAGCCGGAGCCAGAGAGACGAGAAAGAUAAAGGAAAAGACAGACGGAACGAUAGACUUGUGCGUUUAAAAAAAGUGUCGGUGCCCCCUUCUUCUUUGCCUUCUCAGUUUUCAGCAGACAAAAAAAACAAACAAAAAAAAAACAAACAACCCUACCAAAAUCCGACUGCUUGGAUGAAGCAAAACCUAUCGAUCUGUCAGUACUACACCUGGAUUCACUGAGCAGCUGCACAGCAGGCAUGUCCCGAAGGAAGCAGAGCAACCCCAGGCAGAUCAAACGUCCUCUGGUGGAUGGCCUCGAGGAAGAAGAGGAGGAGUGUGUCUCCGAGGAGAAUGAGCUCUUGGCCAAAGACGAGUUCUCGGUGGAGGAGAACUUCACGGCCGAGUUUGAGAGUGAGAACAUGAACUGUGACGACAUAGAGUACUUCUGCAACAAAGGAGAAGAGGACGGCAACCAAGAAGCAGGAGAUGUGGAGAUGGAGGGCCAAAGUGAGAAGAGCAGAAAUGCUGCCGUGGGACCUGAAGAAUGGGAUGGUCCAAGAGAGCUGGACGCGUUCCUCAAAGAUGGCGAGCGUCGCAUCCACAGUCGGCAGCAACUUCCUGUGGGGACAACAUGGGGACCCUUUGAAGGAAAGAUCGAGAUGAGCACUGACACCACUGCACUGAAGACGAAGAGCACGGUCCCGGUGGUGCUGAGCGCCGGCCCCAGGUGGCUGCUGGAUGUGACUUGGCAGGGAGCGGAAGACAACAAAAACAACUGCGUGGUGUACAGCAAAGGUGGCCAGCUCUGGUGCACCACCACCAAGAAUAUGAUGGAGGGCGAGGAGCUGGUGGCGUUUGCGGUGGAUUUCGACUCACGCCUGCAGGCUGUGAACCAAAUGUCUCUGAGUGAGGGCAUGUACCCAGCCCGCCUGCUCGACAGCAUCCAGCUCCUGCCCCAGCAGGCCGCCAUGGCCUCCAUCCUCCCCACUGCCAUCGUCAACAAAGACAUUUUUCCUUGCAAAGCAUGUGGAAUCUGGUUUCGGAGCGAGAGGAAUCUGCAGGCCCAUCUUAUGUAUUACUGCAGUGGGCGGCAGCGGGAAACGGAGACAGUGGUGGAGGACGGUGACAAUGGACCCCACCAGACCCCCAGUAUCUGCCCCUUCCCUCAGUGCAACAAGACCUUCUCUGGAGCCAGGGCCCUGGAAAUGCAUUUAAGCACCUCACACAGCGGUGUCAAAAUGGAGGAGAGCCUCCCUCCUGGCACCAGCUUGAAAUGCACAAUCUGUAACUACACGGCAGAUUCUCUUAUUACAUUCCAGCAUCACAUCAUGUCUCACCUGUCACAGGCGGCCUUCAGAUGCAAUCACUGCCAUAUCAGCUUCCAGAGCCACAGGGAACUCUUACAGCAUCAGGACUUACAUGGGCACGGCAGCAAACUUCAUAGGGAAAGCGACGGCACUGAGCAUUCCCCCAGGGUUCCCGAGGAAAGCCUCCAGCAGCAGCAGCAGCAGGGCCGCACAGAACUGGCCAACAGAAAGGAUGCUCUGAUGGGAAGUCCCAAAGGGGCCCUCAGCAAGGAGGCCGGCACAGACGGAGAAGCUGACAAGGCUGAGAAGAAGCCCAUGCUGUCUGCUCAGAAGGGAGAGGCCCACCCAGGCAGCAAAGCCAGUUUUUCUUACACUAGGAUCAAGUCUGAGCCCUCUAGCCCCCGACUGGCCUCCUCCCCUGUACAGCAUAACAUGCCUACAUUUCCCAUGGGCCCCUUCUUGUCUCAGUUUGCUUUCUCCCAGGACAUUUCAGUAGUCCCACAGGCUUCAGAGAUUCUGGCUAAAAUGUCAGAGCUAGUCCAUCGAAGACUCCGCCAUGGUGGGAACAGCUACCCCCCUGUCAUCUACAGCCCUCUGAUGCCCAAAGGGGCCACCUGCUUUGAAUGCAACAUCACCUUCAGCAACCUGGACAACUACUUGGUCCAUAAAAAGCACUAUUGCAACAGUCGCUGGCAGCACAUGACAAAGUCUCCGGACUUUUCAGCCCUCUCUGAUAAGGUUCCGGAAGCAGUAAGCCCCAACAGCGGUCACAGUUCUGUUAGCAUGCUGGCUGGCUGCCACCCUACAGAGGCCGAAGGCCACCUCAUGCAGUCUGCUUGUAUGAACUCCAGUGUGUUGGACAUCAUCAAUGCAGGGGCCAAAGCCUCUGAUAAGGAUCUAGCAGGACAGGUGAAAAAGGUGUCAACCCCAACUGGCGCAGAGGACCGGCUCAAUGGGAAGCAGCUGGAAGGGAAAAGCCCCAGCAUAGGUUUAGUGGAAAGUGAUAAUGAUCCCAACAAGACAACCUGUGAAGCUUGCAAUAUUACCUUCAGCCGCCACGAGACUUACAUGGUCCAUAAGCAGUACUACUGUGCCACACGUCAUGAUCCCCCAAUGAAACGGAUGUCCGCUAACAAGGUUCCCUCCAUGCAAAGAACCAUGAGGACCCGCAAGCGCAGGAAGAUGUAUGAAAUGUGUCUCCCUGACCAGGACCCCCAGAGGAUCCCUAUGGGUCAGCCAGGUUUUCUUGGAGUUCCUCCAAUGAACCCUUGUACAUCUCAGGAGGCCGUGGAGAGCCUAGCAGACCGCUUCCACCCCCGCUGUGAUAUCUUCCCCGGCUUGGUACCCAAACACCUUGAGGCCUCUCUGACUGUCACCAAGCCUAUUCUGCCUCCCAAAUGCAACACCGUAGAGCAGCAGGAGCUGGACGCACCCAUUGAUCUCAGCAAAAAAUGUUCACCGGUCCCUGACAAGACCUGUAGCUCUCCCAAAAGACUUUUGGACUAUCACGAAUGUGCAGUGUGCAAGAUAAGUUUCAACAAAGUAGAGAACUACCUGGCACACAAACAGAACUUUUGCCCUGCGACAGCUGCUGCCACAGCUGCUGCUGCAGCGCAACAACAGCAGCAGCAGCAGCAACACAAUGAGAGCGGCACCUUGGAGUCUGCUAUGUUCCCAGAUGUGAAGAGUGAAGGAAAUAACAGCUCCGAUGACGGUUACGAUAAGAGCCCUGGCAAAUGUGAGAAGAACGGAAAUGGGAAGGUGGUGGUGCAGAAUGGAGGCAUGUUCCCCCCUCACCUGGCGCCUGUGCCGGGACUUAAGCCUUUUACUGAGCCUCAGCUCAUCCCACCAAAAGAUGAGAACAAGAAUAUGUUUCUGCCCCACUGCCUUUAUCCAGGAGCAAUAAAGAAGGUGAAAGGUCCUGAGCAAAUAUCACCGUAUUUUGGGAUAAAGCCAACAGAUUAUGUGGCAGGGGGGCAAGUGAUGCAGGGAGAGGUGGGCGAACAGGAACAGAGUGUCAAUGGUGGAGGAGGAACCGGAGGAGGAGGAGAGACAGGAACCAGAGAGCAGGCUCCACAGCCUACAGUAAACGGCUGCCCACAUCCUGGCAAGGAACCCCUUCCCCUCCUGCCCAAAAACCGAGGCAUGGUCAUCGUCAAUGGGGGGCACAAGCCGGAGGAGCGGUCAGGCACGGCACCGCUGCAACAGGAGAACCAGCCCCAGUCAGACAGCCAACCUUCCAAUCCUUCACCCACGUGGGGUGCCGAAAAUCAGGUCGACUCCAACGAGAACAUGUCUCCAUCCUCCAAGUCCCCCAGCGAGGACACAGCGCCGGCAGCUAAUAAAGGCGUAAACGGCUCCGGAAGUGGCAAAUACUGCCGCCUGUGUGACAUCCAGUUCAACAACCUAUCAAACUUUAUUACCCAUAAGAAGUUUUACUGUUCAUCACAUGCAGCAGAGCAUGUAAAAUAAGUUGAAAAGACCAAGACUUGUUCUUCCCUUACCUUUAAACCAGACUUUUCCUCCUUUUUUCUCCUUUGUUUUUGGUACACUGUUGUGUCUGGAAUAGUGCAUCAUGCAGUGCUAAACGCUGCUUGUGGACAAUCAACAGAAACCUCUUCUUUUUCGUCGUUUUAAGACUUAAAAAUGCAAAACCAUUGGUUUAAAAAAAAGAGAAAGAAGAAAAGAAACGAGAAUCAAGAAUAAUAUUGGUGCCACAUUCACAUUAAUUUAUUUUACAAUCAGUAUUAUUAGGAGUAGUAGACCUUAAUUUAAAUUCAAAAUGAAAUUUAUAUCAGAGUUGUUUGUAAUGUUAUUGUAUAGUCAUUCUUGUGUAGCACACAUAUUGUUUACACUGUAAUGUAGGCUCAAGGAAACAAUAAACAAUACAAAAACGAGAUGCAUUUUAGAGUCAAAAAUAGCUACUGAGGCACUUGUGUAUUCUUAUUUGCUGUACCAGUUUCUGUAUGCUCAAAAUGUCUCCUGCAGAGUACUGCUAAUGACUUGCUCGCCAAACCACCAUUUGGAGGUGAUUGCCAGGCGCAACCCUGCAUCUCACAUUUUGGCAUACAUACAUGGCUUUGCAUACAUAUGUGGCUGUUUGUCCUUGUCUCUUUUGUUCAACUCAAAUGUGGAUGUUUUCAUGAGGAUGACGACAUUCUUGUAUAGUAUUCGUAUUUCUGUUUGAUGAUACACUUUGGUCUCCCUUUUUGAAAUUUGCUCUCGAUGCAAUACUUUGUAAAUGAGGGAACAUUACUGAAAGCAGUAUUAUGACAUGGGGACUGUGCAUAUAAUUAUUUGUUACCCCAUAAAAAAAAUAAAAAUAAAAAAAAUGCUGUACCAGAAUUAAGUUUAUUGCUGAUGAACAAGCUGGGUGAGAGGUCAGUGGGGGAUGCUGAUGUAAAAUGAUCAUUCCAAUGUCCUUAUUAUGGGAGAAAAUGUUUCUUAAAACGUUGUUGCUAUGCAUGUAUAUGGAUGGAAUUAAAUUCCAGAUCUGUUGGAAACUUUUAUUUUGAUGUGGUGUCAUAAUUAAACUUAAAUCCUCAGGAUAAA